CUCUAAAUUCUCUCCUAAAAUCCUAAAUAUUACCUCUCUCUAUUUGUUUCUUUUCUACUUUUUUUUUUCUUUUUGGGUGGCUACCUAUAAUCCGAAAACCACCAUGAGGUUUUGCGUUUUCGGGUUUUUAUCGCUUUUCUUGAUUGUUUCUUCACCUGCCAACGCUUGGUUCUUCCCUAACAACUCCACCAAGAUACCACCGUCUCUACGUAACACCACACGCGUUUUCUGGGACGCUUUCUCCAAUUUCACCGGUUGUCACCACGGCCAAAACGUUGAUGGUCUCUACCGUAUCAAGAAAUACUUCCAGCGUUUUGGUUACAUCCCUGAAACGUUUUCAGGUAAUUUCACCGAUGAUUUUGAUGAUGUUCUCAAAACAGCCGUCGAGUUGUACCAGAGGAAUUUUAGGCUUAACGUUACAGGUGAACUCGACGCGCUUACCAUCAAACACAUCGUGAUCCCGCGUUGCGGUAAUCCCGAUGUGGUGAACGGUACCUCGUUGAUGCACAACGGGAGAAGAAAGACCUUCGAGGUCAACUUCUCCCGCUCUCAUUUGCACGCGGUUAAACGCUACACGUUGUUCCCAGGCGAGCCACGGUGGCCUAGAAACCGCCGUGACUUGACCUACGCGUUCGACCCGAGAAACCCCUUGACGGACGAGGUAAAGAGCGUGUUCGCACGCGCGUUUGGUCGUUGGUCGGACGUGACGGCUUUAAAUUUCACGCCCUCUGAAGAUUUUACCUCGUCCGACAUCACGAUCGGAUUUUACACCGGCGAUCACGGAGAUGGCGAGCCUUUCGACGGCGUAUUAGGAACAUUAGCUCACGCCUUCUCUCCUCCGAGUGGGAAGUUCCACCUCGACGCAGACGAGAACUGGGUGGUCUCCGGGGACCUAGACAGUUUCCUCUCAGUCACGGCGGCGGUUGAUCUUGAAUCAGUGGCGGUUCAUGAGAUCGGUCAUCUUCUCGGUUUAGGACAUUCCUCGGUGGAGGAAUCCAUCAUGUAUCCGACGAUCACGACGGGAAGACGUAAGGUUGACUUAACCAAUGAUGACGUGGAAGGAAUCCAGUACUUAUAUGGUGCGAACCCUAACUUCAAUGGCACGUUACCACCGUCCACCCCCACUCGCCAACGAGACACUGGUGCCUUCUUUGGUGCUGCUUGGAGAAUCAACGGUUCAUUGAGAUCGACAAUUUUCAGUUUGUUAUUGUCAACCGUUGGAUUGGUCUUGUUGUUCUUACCUUAGAUAAAAAAUUUUUCGUACUUAAUUUUUUUUUUAAUUAGUAUCACAUCUUAAUUUUUUUUUUUUUAAUUAAAGGAUGGGGAUAUAUACUCAGACAUUUGUUCCUUUCUACAGUUUUCUUUUCACAUAUACAUGUUGUAUAUAAAUUGCUUUAUCAAUGUUUGACUUCGUGUUAUACAUU